AUGAGCAAUAUCAAUGAUUUGCCAGACGAUUUACUCGUCAAGAUAUUGUCCUACAUUCCGACAAAAGACGUUGUGGGCACGUGUCUUUUAUCGAAACGUUGGGAGUCUCUCUGGACGCAUGUGACGAGACUCGAAUACGAUCAAGAACAUCACUACGCUAGGAGAACUGGUUUCUCAAGAUUCGUCGACAAAUCUCUGCUUUCGCAUCAAGCUUCUCUUCUUGAAAGCCUUCAUUUCAAGCUCAAAUCAGGUUAUGCUUAUAGAGACAUCGGAUUGUGGAUUCGUACUGCAAUCAAUCGUCGCAUACGCGAGCUCACACUCGAAUGUAGCGAGAUCUUGAUCCAUCUACCGUCAAGGUUGUUCACCUGCGAGACACUUGUGAUCUUGAAACUCAAAGGUUGGAUCGAUCUCAACAUUCCUUUGACUGCCUCUCUCCCUUCUCUCAAGACUCUCCACAUAGUCCUCCUGAGGAAAUCAAACUAUGAAUCUUUUUCAAGGCUUUUAUCAAACUGUCCUGUUCUUGAUGACCUCAUGGUGGAACAAAGAAGAAGCAAUGAUAUGUCAAAGCUUAAUGUAUCGGUUCCUUCGUUGCAGAGAUUGUCCAUUAGAACAGUUAUUGAGAGUGAGAAUGGCUUGAGUUAUUUCAUUGACGACAAGAAUAUUCCAAAGGUUGAAAUAAAUGCUCCUUCUUUGAAGUACUUAAACAUCGAUGAUGAUCGAGGGAAUGACUUUGAUGUCAUCAAUAAGGACUUGCAUCAAGUUGUGGAGGCAAGGAUCAAAGCUAAUGAAACAUCUACCAAAGAUUUCCUCAGGUAUCUUACCAGCUCGGUCAAGAGUCUUUCGUUGUCUUCACUGAAGUUAGAGGAUGUGUAUCCUACAGGUAGUUUCUUCAUUCAACUUGUGCAUUUGGAGAUAUGUACAUCUACAAAUGGGUGGUUGAAGUUACUUGCAAACAUGCUUGAAGGUUCUCUCAAACUACGAGUUCUCAAGCUCUUUUAUGUGAGGGAACAUUCUAACUGGUGGAUGCCUUCCUUCGAUCGCUGGGACCCGCCGAGCUCUGUUCCAUCAUGUAUGGUGUCCAGUCUUGAAACACUAGAGUGGAGAGGAUACUUAGGGAGAGAAAUAGAGUUUGAGCUUAUGAUUUAUCUCUUGAAGCAUUCGCUGUGUUUGAAGACGGCGAUAGUCACUUCUAAUGAGUUCAAGGGCGCGGAAGAAAUGUAUCAGAUGGUCGAGGUCCCAGCUCCUGUGCCAGUAGGUUCAAAGAUAUGCAAACUUGUGUUCGACGUAUGA